AUGGAACGAUUGAAAGCAGAUAUGGAAGAGAUCAGCGCGGGACAAAAACGCAUCAAAGAAGGGCAAGAAGAAGUAAGACAAAAGUUCAGAGAGAUAGAAUCUGAAUGCUACAAACUCAAAGAGGAGACUAAGAACAUAGCCAAGCAAAGUGAUAGCAACCAAAUCAAGAUCAAUUUGAUGUUUAGCAUUUUGGAAGCACGUCAAGACAACAACUUUGCCCAAGCUGAUCACCUUACUCAGCUACUACGUGAAGAAAUAGAAAAGCAGAAGCAAGCAAAGGCAAGCCUUGCUGAUUGUUCACCCCAGCGAGCAACUAAUUAA